GCUCUGAGUGGCUUCCUGUGGCCUGUCUCUAAACCCCUCCACAUUCCCUCGGACCUUCAGACUGCGAGUKCGCUCUGCCUGCCGCCUGCCCGCCACCAAGGGUUCCCAGCAUCAUGAGGGCCUGGAUCUUCUUUCUCCUUUGCCUGGCCGGGAGGGCCCUGGCAGCUCCUCAGCAGCAGGAAGCCCUGCCUGAUGAGGCAGAGGUGGUGGAGGAAACGGUGGCCGAGAUGACCGAGGUAACCGUGGGAUCCAACCCUGUCCAGGUAGAAGUAGGCGAAUUUGAGGAUGGUGCCGAGGAAACCGCAGAGGAGGUGGUGGCUGAAAACCCCUGCCAGAACCACCACUGCAAACACGGCAAGGUGUGCGAGCUGGAUGAGAACAACAGCCCCAUGUGCGUGUGCCAGGACCCCACCAGCUGCCCCGCGCCCAUCGGCGAGUUUGAGAAGGUGUGCAGCAAUGACAACAAGACCUUCGACUCCUCCUGCCACUUCUUUGCCACAAAGUGCACCCUGGAGGGCACCAAGAAGGGCCACAAGCUCCACCUGGACUACAUCGGGCCUUGCAAAUACAUCCCCCCCUGCCUGGACUCUGAGCUGACCGAAUUCCCUCUGCGCAUGCGUGACUGGCUCAAGAAUGUCCUGGUCACCCUGUACGAGAGGGACGAAGAUAACAACCUUCUGACUGAGAAGCAGAAGCUGAGAGUGAAGAAGAUCCAUGAGAACGAGAAGCGCCUGGAAGCUGGCGACCACCCUGUGGAGCUGCUGGCCCGGGACUUUGAGAAGAACUACAACAUGUACAUCUUCCCCGUGCACUGGCAGUUUGGCCAGCUGGACCAGCACCCCUUUGAUGGGUACCUGUCCCACACGGAGCUGGCCCCUCUGCGUGCGCCCCUCAUCCCCAUGGAGCACUGCACCACCCGCUUUUUCGAGACCUGUGACCUGGACAAUGACAAGUACAUUGCCCUGGAUGAGUGGGCAGGCUGCUUCGGCAUCAAGGAGAAGGAUAUCGACAAGGAUCUUGUCAUCUAAAUCCACGCCUCCUUCUGCAGAACCGGAUUCUUUCUCUUUGAUCUUCCCGGUCCUGUUUCCCCCCAUGUUUAAAAUGUUUGGAUGGUUGGUUGUUCUGCCUGGGGAUAAGGUGCUAACAUAGAUUUAAAUGAAUACAUUAA